AUGGCUACGUCGGCGGUCAUCGACUUGGUAUCCGAUGAUGACGAUGACAACGCUGUUGAUCUGGGCCCUACACGAGAUGGCGCGCAAGUGCGGCGCCCAGCGCUGAACCGAACGAUCGUGCCUGAUACUCUGCAGCCUAGGCGUCGUUCCGGAUUCUCCAGCGCGUUAGCUAUCGCAACAAUUGACCUGACGCUCGAAGACGAUGCAGCUGCAGGUGUGGCUGAACGGCCCGGUUCGGCAGGUGAGGGCGAUUUGGCGCCGGCCAAUGAAGCGCGGCCUGACUCGCGAUCGCGGAAUCAAAACACCAGCCCGCGAACUCCAAGAACGACGGCUGAAGGAAGCAGCAAGCCCCGUGCUUCAGUCUCAGGUGACACUGGCGUUGCGCCCAAGCUUACUCGCGUAUCGGCUAAAACUCCGCCAGCAGCGCUAAACUCGGAGAGUCCGCCCAUGUUUCCAGGAAGAUUCGCACAUCUCCCAGGAAACCCGUCCGGAGAGCGACACUCGGGUGCCUCCGCUUCCAGCACCCGCCCACCACCGCUCAAUGAUGGCUCAACACCUGCGCAGGCGCACGUAAUUAGCGAUGAUGAAGAUGGCGACAACGGCGAUGAUGACGACCUACUAAUAGACGAGGAAAAAUCGACACCAGCGACCGCCAGCAGGGACACGCUUUCAUCUGGACGCUCGACAGAGCACGUGAGGCCGACGACACCGCCGACACCUCCGUCGGAACGUGAAACUAGCCCGAUCAAGCGCCUCUCGCCUAUAGCCGCAGAGGUCGCCGAGAGAGUCAAGCAAGAUUGGGGAGUGUAUCCAUGGGAAAUAGCGACGGCACUGAACCCGCCUCAAUUCGACGCCACCCUCGUGUGCGACUUCUGUGACCUUGCUCGUGACGGUUGCUCGCUGGAAAGAGCAAAGCAGCUGGUCGAAGAUCAGGUCAAAAACAGGUUUGCAAAGUUGGAUGGUGGUCCGGGAUACAUUAUCACGGACGAUAUCAAGGAGGCCAGGAAAAUAUUCAACAAUCUUAAAAAGUUCUACUCUACUGGGCAGAGAUCUCGCCCUCAAAGCCACCGAUCGAGCAAUACCAUCUCCUCAUUGCUGUCACCGCAGCCUCAGCCACGUCCCCACUUGCCUUCGAUACCUUCGCGGCUCAAUCACCGACGAAAAGUGCAUACCGACCCGCUCGACUCUCUUCCACGCGAUCUGCGACCUCUUUUCUCUGAUAACCCUAAGCCUUCUGAGGAGGAACAACGUGGAUCAUCACCUGAAACUGUUGUUCGCCCAGAGACGGACGGAGCGCGGGAUCGUGGCAACGAGACCCUCUCUAACUCUAUCCAACCAGAAGAGCUGCAUCCCGAACCUCAAGACGAUAAUCCUUUGGAAGCACUUGACAGCGCCCCAAAAGAUCCGCUCCCAAUUAUGUCCACUGAGGCCAAGCCUACAGAACACGCUGAUAUCACUCAACCCGCGCUUCCGGUAACACUUCUAGACAUGGGCAGCACGGAGUCGCCAAAAUCCAACUCCUGCAAGGUUCCUCCGCGUGACAUUCCCACGUCGGAGUCAUUCCAGGACCUUCAAGACACAAGCGGGUGGUCGAUUGAAAGCAUGCGGGAUUUGUUGAAUAAGCGCGUGAAGGAAAUUGAAGAGGACCGCGAAUACUUUACUAAGUUCCGGUUGGGUCGAGCUCGCAGAAUCCACCAUUUCCCGGAACCCGACACGACUGCGGAAUCCUCCAACGACUUUAUUUCAGGGCCGAGCAUCGUGCCAGCUAAGUUCGCGCAACAGGAAUUUCCUUGGCCAAACGCGACGGCUAUUCAGACUCGUGGAGCAGUGAAGACCGGAGAGAGCAAACCGAGGAACCAGAAAACCCAAGAGGUUUUCUCACAUGGCAGCAGCAAAGGAAUUAGGUCGAUUAUCAGCAAUCCCGUCGAUUUCUACGCGGUCAAUACGGUCCCCGUCCCGCCAUACACCAAUUAUGUCAGCCUGAAACAAAACGUUCUCGCUGAGAACCAUAGAACACUCAUGGUAUACCCUUACUUCGACGACAACCAAGACGAAGAUCUCGCCAAGAAGUCGCUGUGGGAUGAGCUGCAGAGUCGCUAUAAUAUUGUUGCGGAUGAACUCAGGCGACGCAGGUUACUUCAAGCUGAACAAGCCUGGCAACUUCGCUCUUACGCUGAAAAAAUCAUUGAAGAAUUACCCAUGGAAAUGAGUGAUAUCUUGGCGUACUUUCUGCUACCGUCGGAUGCGCUGAUACACAACUUGCAAAUGGAGAUGUCACUUAAGCAAACCCACUGCUUAGAAAACAAACGACCACUUUCUUGCAUGGAGGAAUUCAACCGGGACAAGAAAAAAUGGAGGGCGGUGCUCGAAAAUCUCCCACCUACAACAGUACGCGGACUCGCUAUCGCUUCUAUCUUCUGCCCCACAUGGCUCGAGAUUCUCAAAUUCAGCUUCUGGCACAUUGCAAGAAGGUCCUCUUUGGCUCAGCCACCGCCACUUGGAAACCGCCCUCAACCUGGCGAUACCAAUGGUUCUUCCGAUUUUGCCUACAGAACACUCGCAUGCCGCGUCUGCCACCUGCACAACUGUCCUUUUCACGGUGCAAUCUUAGAACAACCAGAACCGAGCGACCAUUCUGAGAGCGAGGACUCGGAUACUGCUCAUGACAGCUCUGACGACGACGAACGAUCACCCAGUGAUUCCAAGCCAAACAGUUUACGAAGAUUGUCGAUUUCGUCCGAGGCUUCCCUCGUCAACUUUAAGAAGCACGUCAAGGCUCAGCCUCGAGAACAUCCCGAUGAUGAUGGAAUAAUCUAUGGACUUGCGUGCUUCAAAAACAACAAGUGUGAAUGCUGGGCGUUGAACAGGGAGUGCGAUCCUGAUCUCUGCGCGAGCUGUGGAGCUGCCGAGGUUCUUGAUCCAAUCAAUAGGUACAACGAUGCUCUCUAUCGUCAGAAGUGUGGCAAUGUAAAUAUCCAGCGCAACGUGCCCAAGCGCACCCUCCUGGGCCAAUCGGAGGUUCAAGGUUUCGGAUUGUACGCCGGAGAAAGGCUCAAGGCGGGCGAGUACAUUGGAGAAUACAAAGGCGAGAUUGUCACAAAGGAAGAAGCCCAAGAGGUCGACAGUACGAGAGCGGGCAACAAGCUCCGCUUCAUCAACAACUCGGCAAAGGCGCCCAACUGCGAACCUCGAGUGAUGCUCUGCAACACGGUCGUCCGCAUCGGCCUGUUCGCGAACAAGGACAUGGCGCCGGGAGAGGAGAUGUUCUUCAACUACAACUACCCCGAGGAGGUCACGAAGCAUUUCUGGGAGAAGGGCCAGACGCAAUCGGGCGGCACCGCCUUCGCCGUCAAGACCAAGAAGGGCGGCGGCGGCAAGCAGAAGGGCAAGGCCGCAAACUUGUCGUCAGACAGCGAGGCCCUGGCGUCCAGGCGCCCCGGCGCGCCGCCGUCGGUCAGCGAAGCCCUGGCGAUGCAGAAGGGACUGAAGGCCAAGAAGUCGGCACCGAAGGUCAAGGCGGAGGAGAGCAGUCGGUCGCGCAUCGGAGAGACGCCGCUGAGGGGCUCGAGCACCAUCAGCCGCUACGCGUGGGCGACGACUGGGAAGCGGCCGAGGCGGACGGCGUUGGAGAAGCAGAAGACGUGGGAGGAGCUGGAGGAGGUCUUGGAGGACUUUGAUAGCUUCGGGGAGUCGGACCAGGACAGCGACAGCGCAAACGACAGGCCGAAGAAGAAGGGCAAGAAGGCGAAGGUGUAA